GAGAGAAGGAGAGGCACAGAGCGAGAGAGGUCUUCCAUCCGCUGGUUCACUCCCCAUUUCGCCAUAACGGCCGGAGCUGAGCCGAUCCGAAGCCAGGAGUCCAGAGCUUCUUCCAGGUCUCCCACGUGGGUGCGGGACACAAGGACUUGGGUCAUCUUCCACUGCUUUCCCAGACCAUAGCAGAGAGCUGGAUCAGAAGUGGAACAGCUGGGACUCAAACCAGCACCCGUAUGGGAUGCUGGCACCACAAGCAGCGGCUUAACCCACUACGCCACAGCGCCAGUCCCGGUGCCUUCUAUAAAGAAGGAUGACAGAUGCUCCGUAAAUUGAUCUGAUCUGUGUGAAGUUUGAUCACACGUUUGGUGGUGCCUUCCUGUAAAACCCCAGAAAGAAGGGCUUGAGACAGCGCGCUUGGCUCCCCCUCCCGCAGACAGUGUUGCCGCGAAACGAUGGAGCUGCUGCCGUUUCGCCAGGACCCACUCUGGGCAGCAAGGAGAGGAGUGUGCGCCUCAUCUGCAGGACAGGCGUGCGUGUGAGGCGUGAGCCUGCGGGAACCCGCCCACUGACGGGGUUUCGCUACGUUGGCAGCUGGAGCUACGUGGUCGGAAGAUAGCACUUUCCCCUGCCAGUGGGAGUCGUGGCCGGGGACACGGGUGCCUGGAGCUGGGCUGGUGUGUGCACGGGUCCUGGGUUCAGAGGGUGUGUGCUGGGGUUCUGGGAAGGCGAGCUUCACUUCGUCAUUUUCAUCAGUAGUUAAAAGGGAAGUGUAAGGGUAUUAUGAUAAGGAUUAUGGUGAUAAGGAUAUUAUGUGGCAUUGAUUCCUGACUUCUCCAGGGCGUCCUUGUUUUGAAUACUCUGUGUAGGUCAGUGUCAGUAGACCACAGUUUGAAUGACGUGGCCUCGGUUUCCCUCUGGAAAAGAUCUCAGCAGCCCAAUCCAAGUGUCCCCGGCACCGUGCUCUGGACGGCACAGGGACCGCUCGUGGCCACGGCUGCGGGACUCAGGAAAGCGUGUGGGAGCUGCUGCCCUGCCCCCCUGUGGGGAGCAGCUGUGCAGUGGAGGGUGGCCUGGCUGGGACGAUCUGUCGGGAAGAAUUUGGGCAGUGGGGCGGGACGUCGCCGUGGAGGUCAGCGCGGCCUGGAGACUGUUGGCGGGGGCGUUUCCAGGCCGCCUUAGGAAGGUUGAGCUUGGUGAGAGGCGUGGGGUGCGAGAGGGUGUUGGUGGGGCUGCGUUGCACAGGUGUCGCCACUCACUUUCCCUCCUGCUUCCUGUGCUCCUGUCUGCAGGUGACAGCCCCGGCCCUCUGUCGCUGGCUUCCCGGGCUUUGCCUGCCCCACUCUGCGGUUCUGGAUGAUGUCGGAACAGGACCUGGCGGAUGUGGUGCAGAUUGCAGUGGAAGACCUGAGUCCCGACCACCCAGUUGUUCUGGAGAACCACGUAGUGGCGGACGAGGACGAGCCUGCCUUGAAACGCCAGCGACUCGCCGUCAGUUGCCAAGAUCCCUCCAUAAAGUCCUUCCUGUACUCCAUUAACCAGACAAUAUGCCUACGACUGGACAGCAUCGAAGCCAAGCUGCAGGCUCUGGAGGCCACUUGCAAGUCCCUGGAAGAAAAGCUGGACCUGGUCACCAACAAGCAGCACAGCCCCAUCCAGGUCCCCAUGGUGGCGGGCUCCCCGCUCGGGGCCACCCAGACCUGCAACAAAGUGCGAUGCGCCGUCCCCCAGACUACAGUAAUACUCAACAGUGACCGGCAGAACGCCAUUGUAGCCAAGAUGGAAGACCCCUUGAGCAACAGGGCGCCGGACCCCCUGGAAAAUGUCGUUAGCAACGCAGUCCCUGGGCGUCGGCAGAACACCAUCGUGGUGAAGGUGCCGGGUCAAGACGACAGCCACAAUGAGGACGGGGAGAGUGGGUCGGAGGCCAGCGACUCUGUGUCCACCUGCGGCCAGCCGGGGGGUCAGAGCAUCGGGAACAACGUCACCCUGAUCACCUUGAACUCGGAAGAGGAUUACCCCAACGGCACGUGGCUGGGCGACGAGAACAACCCCGAGAUGCGGGUGCGCUGCGCCAUCAUCCCCUCGGACAUGCUGCACAUCAGCACCAACUGCCGCACGGCCGAGAAGAUGGCGCUGACGCUGCUCGACUACCUCUUCCACCGCGAGGUGCAGGCCGUGUCCAACCUCUCGGGCCAGGGCAAGCACGGCAAGAAGCAGCUCGACCCGCUCACCAUCUACGGCAUCCGCUGUCACCUCUUCUACAAGUUUGGGAUCACGGAAUCUGACUGGUACCGGAUCAAGCAGAGCAUCGACUCCAAAUGCCGGACAGCGUGGCGGCGGAAACAGCGCGGCCAGAGCCUGGCCGUCAAGAGCUUCUCGCGGAGAACGCCGUCCUCCUCCUCCUACAGUGCCUCAGACACCAUGAUGGGCUCCCCGCCGGCCGCCAGCGAGCUCCCGCAGCCACAGCCGCAGGCCCUGCACUACGCCCUGGCGAAUGCCCAGCAGGUGCAGAUCCACCAGAUCGGAGAGGACGGACAGGUCCAAGUAAUCCCACAGGGUCACCUCCACAUCGCCCAGGUGCCUCAAGGGGAGCAGGUGCAGAUCACGCAGGACAGUGAGGGCAAUCUGCAGAUCCACCACGUGGGCCAGGACGGGCAGAUCUUUGAGAAACUCACAGAAUGCAAGUGGCUUAUAGUGGAAAAGAGAAGUGGCCCCUCCCCCAGCUGCCAGCCUCGCCCCCAGCUUGUAGAGGCCACCCGCAUCCCUUGGCUCUUGACCCCUUCUAUCUUCAAAGCCAGCGACCACCAGGUGCUGCAGGGCGCCCAGCUGAUAGCCGUGGCCUCCUCGGACCCCGCCGCAGCGGGUGUGGACGGGUCACCCCUGCAGGGCAGUGACAUCCAGGUCCAGUAUGUGCAGCUGGCGCCUGUGAGCGACCACACGGCCACAGCCCAGACGGCUGAGACCCUGCAGCCCACCCUGCAGCCCGAAAUGCAGCUUGAACACGGAGCCAUCCAGAUCCAGUGAGUGGGCGGGCCCUGUGGGCUGUGGCCCGGUCCCCUCGCCUGUCCUCGGCUUCGUGGCGGCGCCCGCCUGAUCCCGCUGAGUGUGCGGGGAAGGUGCCCUGACAACCAGAGGACCCCGCCGUCCCUGCGAGAGCCCCUCGUGCUGAGUCUGUCCGGAGGAGGCCUCGCUGCCCGGGGCGCCGCGUGCUCUCACAUACCGAGAACUAGGAUAUUUUUCUGUUUCAGCGGCUUUUUUUAAUUUGCUAUGGUGUUUAUAACAAAAAAGAAAACUGAAAAAAAAAAAGGCGGUGGAGCAGCAGGCCCCGGCCGUGCGCUCCGCUCAGUGUGCGGGAAGGAGGUGUCGCAAGGCGCGGGUGCUGGGCGGGACGCCGCUCACCGACUUGUGGGGGCCUCGCUCCAGCACCGCAAGGAUGCGCUUCUGAUGAAAUAAAUGUAUUUAUGGCCACA